AUGACCGUUACUAGCUUUGAGUUUAAUAAUGUUCCUUGUUGCUCACUUUGCCUUCAGCACAAGGUAAAAGAAAUUCCAAAUUUAUUUGCAUGCUAUGUCCCUCGUUUACUUUCAAAAAGUUCGGCGGACGCCACCGACGUCGGACUACCCAGCUUUGGUAGUUUUUCCGCGGACCGGAAAAAACUGUUUCAAAUACAAAAGGAAAUCCAGUAA